GCUACUGAUCAUCAACACCAACACCAACAUGGCAAUUACUUGUAUGUAUAUGUACAUGUAUACUAAACUACAAUGUAAAGUAUAGUACAGUGAGAUACCUUAUCUACUACUCCUAGGCACUCGUCGUAUGUACGAUCAAAUGACACCACUCGGACUCGUAAUGCAACCAACACCGACCGUACCUACAUGAUACGUAGUCCAUACAGAUUCAUCUCUUCACCACUGUGCACAUGUGCUUCCUCUGGGACAUGACGCCAUGACUCGUGCCUGUUCCCAGUCCAACUACUCGUAUAAUAAUGAAUUUACCUAUUCGCGCCAACUCGGGUAGUAUUAUAUUAUCAAACUGGGCACAGGUACCCUGCUGUGUAGUGUAGCGUAGCGUAGCUGCGAAGGGUCUCCCUCUAGGCUCUAGUUGCUUCAGCCAUUCUGCUUCCAUGACCCUUCCAUGGCCCUUCCUUCAUCCACCGGCAAUAAAAUAAAAUAAAAAGAAGCCAGGAUGAUCUUCUUGAACUCCCAGUCAGUCCUGUUCCUCUCUCUUUAUUUCUUCCAUUUCCCGUGUUCCUACUGGAGCCUCGUGCCGUCAAUGCUGCUUUGUGGAUGCUCGGCACGGCAGGGGAAGAAACCGGAUACGAUCCCACGCACUCUUAACGAUCCUGCAAGACACGUUGCCCCCAUCAUCGUCAUCAACCCCAUUCCUAUUGCACCAUGCGAAGGUAACUACCGUGUAGUCAAACUCCACCUGAUACACCGCUUUUGAGACACUUUCUUGCCGAACCUCCAUCCAUUCGCCCUCUUCCGCACAUGUCAUUUGCCCUACCGGCCCUGACCCCCUUGUUUCCGCUACCGAAACUCCUUACGGCCAUGACUGAACCUGCUUAGUUGAUUUCUUCACAUUCCCAUGACCCUGUCACUCCCGUCCUUUUUCGCAAUGAUCAUCCUCGUUCUUGUUCGUUUCCAAGGCCAAGCUUCCAGGCACGGCGGGUCUGCCAUCCGACUCGCUGUAGAUGGCCAACGAGACUGCGUCGCCUGCUUCUGACGACUUGCCAAAAGUGGGCGAUGGAGAGACGAUUAAGGUCGAGACCCCUAUGGGCGGUGCAUGUGGUUCUCUCUAUUACGAUGUGAAUUGGUGU